UUGAAUUAAUUUGGUGAUUUUAAUAAGCUUUAUUUUGAAAUUUCUUUGAAUAAUAGCGAUGGCUCCUGUAGAUAUGAGCACUGCCAGGCUGAUCAGGGUAGACCAAUCUGGAAAGGGAGAUUUUAGGAAGAUUCAAGAAGCCAUUGAUUCUGUUCCAUCCCGAAACAAUGAACUCGUUUUCAUUUGGAUCAAACCCGGAACUUAUAGCAGGGAGAAGAUUGUGGUGCCGGAGGACAAGCCGUUCAUAACAUUGAGCGGCAGCAAAGCCUCCGACACCAUAAUCACAUGGAACCAAGGAAGAGAUUUACUUCAAUCUCCGGCCAUCUCUAUCUUCGCCGCGGACUUCGUCGGCCGUUUUCUGACCAUCCAGAACACAUACGGCACCACCGGCAUUGCGGUGGCGCUGAGGGUCUCCGCCGACAGAGCCGCCUUCUACGGCUGCCGGAUCAUAUCCUUUCAAGACACCCUUCUUGACGACAUCGGAAAACACUACUUCAAGAACUGUUACAUCGAAGGCGCCACCGAUUUCAUCUGCGGAAACGCCGCUUCUCUCUACGAGAAGUGUCAUUUGCACUCAACGUCGGAGAGAGGCGGGGCGAUGACGGCACAGCACCGUAACACAGUGGCGGAGAACACUGGGUUCGUGUUCUUGGGGUGCAAAAUUACAGGAAGUGGAUCGACUUUUCUUGGACGGCCAUGGGGGGAUUGCUCAAGAGUUGUGUUCGGCUACACUCAUAUGAGCAACGUUAUUGUGCCGGAGGGCUGGAAUGACUGGGGAGAUCACACCAAGCAAAGAACGGUGUUCUACGGGGAAUACAAAUGCUACGGACCAGGGGCGAACAGAGCAAAAAGAGUAGCGUGGUCGCGCAGCCUCUCGGCGGAUGAGGCUGCAAAACUCUUCACGAAAGACAUGAUCGGCGGUCGAGGUUGGCUCCGACCUGCUCCGUCUCAUUUCAAGAGGAGCUCCUCCACCAUUGUCUAGUAAGAGAGGAACAAAAUAAUAUAUAUUCAAUUCUUAUCGUAAUGUAAUAAAACUAUUAAUUUUUAUUCAAAUUAGAUAAAAUUAAAUUUGAGACAUGUGUCAAUUUAUAAUUGGUCUCAAAUUUAACGAUAUAUUUUUAUUAAUUUUUUUUAAUAAUAAUGGGAUAAUUUGACUAGUUUGGAGUGGAAACUUCAAAGCUUUACUUAGACGUUCGAUGUACAACAGUGGAAGAAUACUUCAACCAGUUUAUCCGUAAAGCAACCACAGUAAAACCACGACAAGGCACUCAACGGGCGUGCUUCCUACUUGUAAGGAAAGAAAAAAGAGUGACCGAGUCAAGCUCUAAUUUGACUUAAGGCCUUGUUUUUCCUUUUCCAUUUUGGUAUGAUGGGUGUCGGCUGUGAUCAGAAGUUAUGUCCUUAUGUCCAUACCCCGACCGAACCAAACGUCUCAUACCAAACCCAAGUGUUUUUUACCUUCAACUUGAAACGUAGGGUUGUUCGAUAUAGAUAAGUGGAAGAGAAUGCACAAAAAGAGAUUUUUGAAGUUAGCCAUGGUGGACCAAGGUAUCAGGCGGCGGCGGCGGCGGCGGCGGCUGUCCUUCCCCACCAACCACAAGUCUC